CGCAAAGUGGGUUGUCAUAUGAUCAAUGAAAAAAAAAAAACUCUCGAACCCUAAUCAACUUGUGACUUCGAGACGGUUGGAUUGCGCGCUCUCGUUUUCCUUUAGUUCGUCGGUACGUUCAGUUCGCUUCGUGCUAGAGAUUGAGAUCCCGUCCCCGGACUUUUCACGAUGGCCAGCAACACCCAGGGUAUCCAGCAGCUUCUGGCCGCGGAAAAGAAGGCCGCCGACAAGGUUGGCGAAGCGCGCAAACGCAAGGCACGUCGUCUAAAGCAGGCCAAAGAUGAGGCCACGGAAGAGAUUGAAAAGUAUCGUGCCGAGCGGGAGCGCACCUUCAAGGAAUUCGAAGCCAAGCACGUCGGAUCGCGUGAGGGUGUCUCGAACAAGAUCGACGCUGACACUCGCGUCCGUAUCGAUGACAUGAACCGUGCCCUGGCCACCCAAAAGGAACCAGUCAUCCAGGACGUGCUGUCGUUCGUGUACGCCAUCAAGACGGAGGUGCACAAAAACCAACGCGACUAGAGAGCAACCCCACACGCAUCCUCCCCACACGCUGUCCACACCAUCCAUGGGUCGAGUUGAUUUUCACACAGACGAACAUUCCGACGAACAAAACGAUUCUUCAUGGCCGUUCCUUGUUACCGAGCCUUACCGCAACUCUGCCAGUUCCCGGUAUGGUUCGCUAAUUAGGAACAUUCGUUGAUUUUAUCACCUUUGGAUUAUUUGCUUUCACUGCACCCGACCACCAGCCAGACGUUUCUGAACGCCACCAAGAUAAGCCCGUUUGCCUGGUGCGUAUGGGCGCCAGUGGAAAGCGUGCUCCAAUCGGUGUCUUUUUGUAUGUCCUCCAUCACGGACGUGCUAUACAGAUUUUGUUUCGUUUAUUUUCUCCCUAGCAAUCUGGGCAACAGGAUUGCAAAAAGAACUUUGUUUUAAUUCCCUAAUGUAAGAUUAUGUAAAAAGGAAACGCUUUAGGUUAUGCUUGAAUAAAGUAAGUGUUAGGAAAACAA